CGCCCCACUCUCGCCGGCCGCCCCCGGCGCGCGCGCGCGCGCCCAGUGCUGCCCCCCCCCCCCCGGGCCUCUACCCCCCCCCCUGGGCGGGCCGCCCCGGAGCCGAUGAGCGACUCGACCUACAGGAAGACCGCGCUGCCUGUGAAGCUCAACCUGCAGGACCGGAACACGCGGGCCCAGAUCCAGUCGGGCACAGACGAGAAGGCGAGCAACAGGGGCAACCUCGAGGGCGUCAAGGCCGUCUCCGGGACCCGCGUGUCGUCCGCCGCGCAGUCGCAGAAGGGGUGCACCGACGUGAUGCGGAAGGACCUCUGCGACUGGCUCGACAGCCACGGCGUCGCCGGGGCGCCGCCCUCCGCGGAGGCGGAGCAGCGCGCGAUGUGGUCGUGGAUCAGGGACUUCCACAAGGAGUACAGCGACGACUGGUUCUCCAGGAACAUGCCCCGCCUCCACGAGCAGUUCCGGCCCGUCUUCGUCCAGGAGAUGAAGAAGCGCAAGGCCGAGGCCGCGCCGCCCGCGGCGGCCCCGGCGCCGGACCUCCUCGACCUCGGCGGGGGCGCGGCGCCCGC